AUGCGUAUCAUGUUAUCCAUUGUUUGGUAUGGCUCCCAGGCCUGGCUCGGUGGUCUUUGCGUGUCCGCCAUGAUAAGCAGUUGGAGUUACGAUUUUCUACACAUGGAGAAUACUCUCCCAGAGAGUGCCCACAUGGUAACAAGGGACUUGGUCGGCUUCACUAUCUUUCAUGCCAUCUCCGUCCCUUUUCUCCUUAUCCGCCCAGAGAGAGCCCAAGGAUACCUCAUCUCUGCAAACAUCGUCGUGUUCUUCGUCAUGAUGGGCAUCACGAUCUGGUCCUGUACUAAAGCUGAGGGUACGGGCCCAAUGUUUGAGGCUGGUGCCCGACAGCCGAGCACGCUCUCCACGGGUUGGGCGUGGCUUUACGGAAUCGUCGCGAGUUUGGGCAGCAUCGCCGCCGGCAUCAUUAACCAGAGCGACUUCACGCGCUUCGCGACCAAGCAAGGCGUGCAGGUCCCUGGCAUGACUUUAUCGCUCCUAGUGUUCGGCAUGAUCGUUCCCAUAUUCGCCAUGUUGUCCGCCUCGGCGUCUCUUGAGAUCUGGCCGGACCUUGAGGCCCCGAUAUGGAACCCGAUCAUAAUAGUCUUCCAGUGGAUGACCGACGAUUAUAACCCCGGGGCCCGCGCUGCAGCCUUCUUCUGCAGCGCCGGAUUUGUCUUUGGUCAAAUCGCCGAAAACGUCGUCGGUAAUGGCUAUGCAGCUGGAAUGGAUCUCGCGGGUCUGUCCCCAAACUGGAUCACGAUCAAGCGUGGUGCAUUAGUAGCAGCAGCACUGUCGUGGUUGGUGCACCCAUGGGAGUUCUACAACACAGCAAGCGUAUUCGUAUCUGUCGCCGCAUCAUUCUCGGUCUUCCUCGGUCCGAUGACGGGAAUCAUGAUGGCUGAUUACUGGAUUGUCCGCCGCCAGAAGAUCCAGAUCAGCCAGCUAUACACAGGUGAUCCCGAGGGCUCUUACUGGUACACCUACGGGUUUAAUUGGCGCGCUCUCGUCUCUUGGGUCGUCUGCUUCGCCCCCGCGAUGCCAGGGAUGAUUGCAAAUGUGAAUCCAAAUGUGACAGUCUCGACGGGGAUACUCAACUACUACCGAGGGAACUACCUGUUCGGAUUCUGUGAAGCAGCGCUUUUGUAUACGAUGCUCUGCUUCUUGUUCAAACCGAAGGGUGCCGGGCUACAAGACGACGCCGAUAUCUAUGGAACAUUCGACGAGGCUAUUGCUAUUAAGAAAGGGAUGACGCCAUGGGAAAAGAGACUAGAAGUUCAAAAAAUUCAGGGUAGUGAAGAGUGA